AUGAUGUCUCACCAACAAAACCAAAACCUACCUGCUGCUCCGCAAUCCCUGAUACAACAAACAGGUUUCGUAGCUGGUGUUAAACCCUUCUCAAUAAGACAGUAUGUUCUUGCUUCUCGUCACAUAAAUUUCCUUCAAAACUGGCCAUUUCAUGAGAACCACUUGCAAGUGUGUCUUAAACAUGGUCUCGGGGAGAAGGAGGUGUUCCCACCACUUGGACGCCGAACUUCACUUACUGAACCACACAAAGAUAGUCCCAACUUGAUGCAUUCAUCAAAUGAUAAUAAUAAUAAUAAUAAUAAUUAUAAUAAUAAUAAAGAAGGUGAUUCUUGCAAAGCUGAAGUGCCAAAUCUCAAUGAUUACCACCCACAAAAUAUUAAAAAUGAGUGUGACUACAAAGUCAGCAACCACCCUUCAUCACAUGAAGAGGGAAAUCAGCAUAACUGCAGUCAUAUUUCUGCCAAUUUAUCUCACCCAGCAUACACAUGUAGCCUCCCAAGUUCAACUCAUGCUCAUAAUAGAAGUCCACUACUGCCUCCAUCCAAAGCAGUGAAAGAUAAAUGUAGGAGGCGUAAAGGGAGAUGCAAGAAACGGUCCAUGGUGGAUAUUUUAGCCGUGGCACGACACAGUACUUUAGAGGAGAUCCAUAUGAUGAACAAGUUCUAUUAUGCUGAAACUGUGAUUGAAGGAUGUCAGCAAACGGUGCCUUGUGAAAAUAUUUCCAGGUCUGAGCUAGCGGGGGAGGAUUCAUGUAGAAAAGGUGAGAGUGAAGACGAUGGUUUAGCUAAUAUUGAUAUGGCACCAAAGGGGCCACUGCUUCUUAAGUUCAAGCUCCAUGAAUGUAAUGUAAAUAGGAAUUGCAGAACAUAA